AUGGCAUCCUUAGAUGCGCGUUCUCAACAUUCUUCUGAAGAAACCCAGAACUUAUAUAAUGCAAUUGACUCGGCGACCCGAGAACGCGUGUGUGCGUUGCUGAAGCACUUAAGUACAACCUCUCCCUCUAACUUCGCGUAUGAUCAGGACGAGGAAGAUGAUGUCUCUGGGUCUGACUACUCCGAUGAGCAGUCCCAUGCGCCAGCACGCAGACAACGGUUCGAGAUCUGCGAGCAGUGUAACAAGGAAUAUGAUGUCCUGCAUAACGAAAAGAAGAGUUGUGAAUGGCAUAGUGGCGAUUUGGAACCUGACUACGAGAACGACUUCUGGGCUGACCACGACGAGGAUUGCCACGGCAUAAUAGAUACUCCCGAGAUGCGCGAGGACUACCCGGAAGGUUUUAUGUGGACUUGCUGCAAUAAACUAGGGGAUGCGCCUGGGUGCAAGCAGACUAGGCACCACCCAAAUCGCGCAAAGAGGGUGCGAAGAUAAGGAUUAGAAUGCGCAUGUAAGCACAUAUCUCGCAGGGUCAACGCCAAAGGAACUUGAGUUACAUCAAUCUCAGUCCAAUUGACAAGAUGUCAUAAAAGGAUAGAUAGCCCCAAGAGUACUUUACCUCGCUAUACAAUCUCUUAAGUUGAGAAAUCAAUGGUUGUAACAAGACCAAAAGAAUAUUGAUUCUACGUAGUU